GGGCCUGGAGUCCCUGGACUGAAUUAAAAGCUGAAGAAAAUACUCAAAACACAAAUUGGAAUCCAAAGAGAACCAAAGCUGUUAAUUUUUUUUUCAAAAAGAACCAAUGGAGGGUUUAAUUAAAUGUUCUGCAAAUUACAUACCUUUGUCACCGAUUAGUUUCUUAGAACGAUCAGCGGUUGUUUAUGGAGAUAGAAUCUCCGUUGUUUAUGGAAGUACAGUUAAGUUUACAUGGAAGCAAACUCGGGAAAGAUGUGUGAAACUUGCUUCUGCUCUUACUCAACUUGGGAUUUCGCGUGGUGAUGUUGUAGCCGUAUUGGCACCAAAUAUCCCAGCAAUGUUUGAGCUUCAUUUUGGUGCCCCGAUGGCUGGCGCUGUUCUUUGUACACUUAACAUACGGCAUGACUCGGCUAUGAUAUCAGUCCUUUUGAAACACUCAGAAGCCAAGGUCAUCUUAGUUGAUUAUCAGUUUCUUGAAGUGGCACAAGCAGCACUUGACAUUCUGUCCAGCACAAAAUCCAAGACACCUCUCCUGGUGCUAAUUCCUGAAUCUGAUAUUCUGUAUCCAGAAACUAGCAAAACCAGUCCAGGCAAGUACUUGGAAUAUGAGAAUCUUAUAGGUACUGGGCAAGAUGAUUUUGAAAUUAGAAAACCAAAUGAUGAAUGGGAUCCCAUAUCAUUAAAUUACACUUCAGGAACAACAUCAAGUCCUAAGGGAGUUGUUUACCACCACAGAGGUGCAUAUCUCAAUUCUCUUGCAGCAAUUCUUCUUAAUGGCAUCGGCCCAAAUCCUGUGUACCUAUGGACUGUACCGAUGUUUCACUGCAAUGGUUGGUGCCUCAUCUGGGGAGUGGCAGCUCAAGGUGGUACCAGUAUCUGCAUAAGGAACGUCUCUGCUCAAACCAUUUUUGAUAGUAUCUCUCUGCAUAGGGUAACAAACAUGGCUGGUGCACCAACUGUCUUGAACAUGAUCGCGAAUGCACCACCUAACGUCAAAAAGCCACUUCCUUCAAAGGUGGAGGUAAUGACAGGUGGUGCGCCACCUCCUUCCCAGGUCUUGUUCAAGCUGGAGGAGCUAGGUUUUGGAAUUACCCACUCGUACGGCCUGACAGAAACCUAUGGUCCAGCGACAAUUUGCACAUGGAAGCCAGAGUGGGAUUCCUUGCAACCUCAUGAUCGAGCAAAGAUUAAGUCUCGCCAAGGGGUUCAACAUCUUGCAAUGGAGGAUGUCGAUAUAAAGGAUCCAGUUACCAUGAAGAGUGUACCUGCGGAUGCAAAAAGCAUGGGCGAGGUGAUGCUUAGAGGCAACACGGUGAUGUCAGGGUACCUUAAAAAUUCAAAAGCUACCGAAGAAGCUUUUCAGGGUGGAUGGUUUCGAACCGGUGACCUUGGCGUGAAGCACCCUGAUGGUUAUAUAGAGCUAAAGGACCGAUCCAAAGAUAUAAUUAUUUCAGGUGGGGAGAAUAUAAGUACAAUAGAAGUUGAAUCUGUGUUGUUUAGUCAUCCUUCAAUUCUUGAGGCAGCGGUUGUAGGCCGGCCGGAUGAACAUUGGGGUGAGACACCUUGUGCAUUUGUUAAAUUGAAAGAAGGACAAAAUGCAAAUGUUGAAGAGAUAAUCAAGUUUUGCCGGGACCGGUUACCACAUUAUAUGGCUCCACGAACUGUUGUUUUUGAUGAUUUGCCAAAGACUUCUACAGGAAAGACUCAGAAGUUUGUUCUUAGAGAAAAGGCGAAGGCUAUGGGAAGCCUUACCAAAAAGAACAACAGAAGUAAGCUCUAAGGGCAGUGUGAAAUAGCUUUGAAAGCCGACUUCUAGCACCUGGACGGGUAGUCAUUCUAUACAUGCAUAAGCCAUGGGUUACGCUCUGACAUAUUUAGGAUCUCAGUCCUUGGGCAGCAGCAUCCCUAGCUGUCAGGCGACAUCUGCUGGUAGACAAAUAGCAAGCUUGGUCAUUUAUCAAUAAAUUCUUCACUAUCAAUAGUUUUGUGUGUGAGAUGUAUUAGUAUCUAAUAAAAUUACAGGGGUGGAGAAUUCUUGUACACUUAUAUAUAAAAUGAACAUUGGGGU